CGUUGACCGCUCCCCACCCCCAACUCCGCUGCGGUCCUGCGCGUUUCGUGCUCCCCCUUCCCUCCCCACCCCCGACCCCUCUCGGGUCCCCUCUGGGCCUUCGGCCCCUGGUCGAAGCUCGCCGCGCUGUGGCCCGCCGCUGUCGUCGGGAGGUGGGAAAGAUGAAUGGAAGGGCUGAUUUUGGAGAGCCGAAUGCAGAAGUUCCAAGACCAAUUCCCCACAUAGGGGCUGAUUACAUUCCAACAGAGGAAGAAAGAAGAGUCUUUGCAGAAUGCAGUGAUGAAAGCUUCUGGUUCAGAUCUGUACCUUUGGCUGCAACAAGUAUGUUGAUUACUCAAGGAUUGAUUAGUAAAGGAAUCCUUUCAAGUCAUCCCAAAUAUGGUUCCAUCCCUAAACUUAUAUUUGCUUGCAUCAUGGGAUACUUUGCUGGAAAGCUUUCCUACGUGAAAACUUGCCAAGAGAAGUUCAAGAAUCUUGAGAAUUCCCCUCUUGGAGAAGCUUUACGAUCAGGACAGACACGACGAUCUUCACCAACUGGGCACUAUUCUCAGAAGUCAAAAUAUGACUCGAAUGUGAGUGCUCAUUCAUCUUUUGUGACAUCCCCAGAAGCAGACAACAUAGAAAAAGAGACGCUUCCUCGUUAUGAGCCAAUUCCAUUCAGUGCUUCUAUGAAUGAAUCUACUCCCACUGGUAUUACUGAUCAUAUUGCCCAAGGACCUGAUCCCAACAUUGAAGAAAGUCCUAAAAGAAAAAAUAUAACAUAUGAGGAAUUAAGGAAUAAGAACAGAGAGUCAUAUGAAGUUACUUUAACACAUAAGACUGACCCCUCAGUCAGGCCUAUGCAGGAAAGAAUGCCAAAAAAAGAAGUCAAAGUAAACAAAUAUGGAGAUACUUGGGAUGAGUGAAAAAUUGCAUCAUUGGACCUACUGAAGGAGUUUCAAUAUACAGCUUCAUCUAGGUGGUCAUGAACAUCUACAUGCUUUGAGCUCAGCAGCAGUCUUCAUAAACACAUUUAAAACUAGAACCUGGGUUUUUGUGGUUUGGCUUAUGAAGAUGAUGUCUUUAAAAACUUACAUUUUAAUGUUCAUAUUGUGUGAAUAUGCAUUUGGGGGAACUCUUUGAAUGAUGGUAGUAUACCAUGAUUGUACACAGUUUGUGAAAUUGUAUUAAGUUAACAGGGCAAGGAUGCUCUGUUAUAAAACUAUCCAGAGAGUGUAAUGCUCUAGAAUCACUGUAUCUGGAAAUAAAUGAAAUCUGCAUGUUGAAUUGGGGGGGCGGGGGGGAGCAAACAUA